AUGGACCAAGAUGAAUCUCUAUAUUUCGAUUUUUCCAGACUCACAGACAGAUAUCCCUCUGAAAUACAACAUCAGGCAUCCCGAGAGAUGGUAAUGAUAGUCAACAACAAGAUGAAGCCUCCGGGAGGAGAACCAAUCUGGUCGUGGUACUCAAGGGCAGAGCAACUAGAUUACUUGAAAGGGUUCCUAAAACCACUUGCAAUUCAAGAAGGAGAAACAACAAAAGCUAAGGAUCCUGAGGAUAUAAUUGUUCUAUCGGAUACUGAGGAUGAAACUAACCCAGAAAACAUCACUGUAGUAAAACCCUUACCUGUAGUCUCUGUGAAACAAGAACCCAUAGAUGAUGAAAAUGAAAAUUUGCCUGUUCCUGAUAAAAAUCUGUCAGUAUCUAAUGAUGUUAACCCAGUGACUAACAUUGUGUAUGGUCCACAUCAGCUUGAACCUCCUGCUUCAAAAUUUUCAAAACUCAAUCUGUUUAAUAUCAUGGAUGAACACAGAAGGUCAACCUCCCUCACAAACAGAUUAUCUAUCCCCUUGAACAUCCCUCAAAGCACAAAACCCUCACAAGACCCAAUCCUAUCAUUACCAUCAUCACAAACCUCACAAGCAGAUAAUCCUGAACAACAAAAUCCUGAAAUUCCACCCCCCAUUGAGUCAGAAAACUCACACACUGAUGAAACCAGGUCUGAACCUCCAUCUGAACCAAAUCCAGAAAAAACCCCUGCAGACCCUAUUGAUGACUCUCCACUAGACUUUGAGUUUGAAACAGGAAAUCCUCCAGAAAUACAAGUUGCAGAACCGACUGAUGAAGAAGACAAUCUGCCUUUGUCACAAGUGAAGAAGAACCAAGAGAAGGCUAAAGGAAAGAAGAUCCAAGAAGACCAAGCUGACAAAAAUCCUGUGGCAAAAAUUCAAGUCUUCUCUGCCCCUGCCACAAGGCGAAAAACCAGAUCAUCCACAGCUCAACAGGAAAAGGAAACCUCCUCACCAGCUCGAAAAUCUAAGAGGAAACAACCAGUUGCUGAACAACCUGCCCCUCAGGAAACCACUGGAAGUAAGAAGAGAAAGAAGACCAUUCAAGUUCAACAGCCUGAAAGCCAGCCUGAUGCCUCUGCCAUAGCACCUCUUGAAGUAAUCACUCCUCAAUUCUUAUCUGAUGAAUAUGCAGCAAGGUGGGACUCCACAAACCAAAGGAAAAUUCUGAGUGAAAGGUACCUUGAUGUUGAAAAGUUCAAAUCCCAGUGCCAACUCAUGCCAGUGUUUGAGAAGAUAAAUCUUGUCAAGUCUGUGACAACUCAGAGAAGCUAUCCACCUAUUUCCAUAAAAGAGUUUUAUGCAAACCUUAUGAAGACUAUCAAGGAGGCUGGUUCACAGGUUUAUGGACGUGUCUGGCUGAGAGGAAAAGAAUACAAUUUUGACACUCGUACCAUCAAUCUGUAUCUGGGCAUUAAUGCAAGUGAUAUUGAGGAUCCUGUUAUUGGGGCAAAUACAAUCACAAAGGUCAUUACAGGAGGAACCUAUAGCUAUUGUUCCUGCUGA